AUGGAACGCAUCAAGACGCUCUUUUACGAGAAACGAGCUCUCAUUGCGCCUAUACGAAAUCUCCCUGCGGAACUACUCGCUUUCAUCUUUGAAAUCCACGUCGGGGAACACGACCAUAACCCGCUUGUCAUUCUCGCUGUCUGCCGUUCAUGGCGGUACAUAGCACGCGGUGUACCGUCACUCUGGACGCGUAUUCACGUCAAAAUACGACCCCUCGGUCUCCAGAAUGAUCGAGCAUUGCAAUGGUACGGUCCCAACGCGCACCUCGGGAUCGUCGUGCGCCACACCGAGGAGAUCAAGCAAGUGAUCCAACUUGCCGGAAACCGACCUCUCGAUAUAACUCUCGACGCUACCAUUAUUUCCACCAACAUUGCCGCCUUUGACCUCGUCUGUUCCUCCAGCCAUCGUUGGCGCUCCCUCCGAUGGAGGCUCGAAAGCAGCAAGCAAGGUUGGACAUUGGCCGAACACUGGGCUGGAAAGGACAUUGCAUUUCCACUUCUCAAGAAACUCGCCAUCGACCAGGCUUGUCCCCAAACCGACCUCGACAUCCUGCUCCAAACUAUUGAAAAUACAGCUACGAAACUGGACAUGGUUGUAGCACAUUCUACAGUAUCAGAGCCUCUCUAUAGGCGCAAGAAGAUGCUGAAAGGAGUCAAGCACCUCCGAUGGAGUGGUUCCUUCCAUCCCCCUGCUUAUCUCCUGUUGGGCCCCCAACCAACCACGGUUCCAUUGUGGGAGGAGUUUAGAGCGCUGGAGACUCUCUAUCUCUUCCGCAAUCUCCCCCAAUAUUCUGCUGUCGACGAACUGCAAGAGCCCAGUCCACUGAGGGCACUGGCCUUUGAAGGCAGUCCAUUCACGAAUCUCACAGGAUGGGGUCCAAACCUUUUACUACUCAGAUACAUGCACAUUGAAUCCGUACCACAUUCCAUGUACGCGAAUCCGCCUGGUCCCCAAUCCAUUCAACUCCCGACAACCACCCAUUUCACACUCACCAACGAGACGUACCUGCCUCUCAGCUGGUUCUCUCUCCCUUCCCUCGCCUGCCUAGAACUCUACGGUGGUGUAUCCGCUGGGAAGGCUGCGAGGGAAAGUAUCGACUCCAUCUGGAACGACGAGUUGAUUGGCACAGCACCCGUACCUUCUGAAACGUUACACAUUCAGCCUGUAGGAAGCCAACACAUCAUCAUUAAUAUCCUCAAAUACCUCUCGAAUAUCAAGUACUUGCACCUAUACCACCGUUCGCCAUCUGAAAUCAGCAAACGACUCCUCGAGCUCCUCGCUCAGGGACCAAAGAAUCAAAAGGAUACUCCAAAGAGUCCACGCAAAGCAAGUCGGAGCAGCGUAGAUAAAAGAGCCGAGUGGACAGCCAAGACGUGUCCAAACCUACGCUCAAUGACCAUUGUGUGCAAGCGCGUUCGUGAGCAAGAGAGAGAAGAGUGUUUGCAAGCCUUUAGGUCGAUUCGUCGGGCGCGUUUGGGGACCAAGAGUGAGAUUCAGUCGCUCGUGUUGACACUUUAUUCAAAGUGGGGUCGUGGGUCGGAAAACGAGGCGAGUAAGAUGUGUAUGAAUUUUUGA